AUGGCGGAUGGAAUCGAUCGAAAUGCCGACGACAAGAUGGAGUUCUCCACCUCCAAGGAGGUCACGGUGGCGCCGACCUUCGAGGCCAUGCACCUGAAGGAGAACCUGCUGCGCGGUAUCUACGCCUACGGCUACGAGUCGCCCUCUGCUGUCCAGUCACGUGCGAUUGUUCAGGUGUGCAAAGGUCGCGACACCAUUGCGCAGGCACAGUCCGGAACGGGAAAGACUGCGACCUUCUCUAUCUCCAUUCUCCAGGUUAUCGAUACAGCAGUGCGCGAGACACAGGCACUCGUUCUCUCGCCCACUCGCGAACUUGCGACCCAGAUUCAGUCGGUCAUCAUGGGUCUUGGCGACUACAUGAACGUGCAGUGCCACGCCUGCAUUGGAGGCACAAAUGUUGGCGAGGAUAUCCGCAAGCUCGACUACGGCCAGCAUGUCGUUUCUGGAACACCUGGACGUGUCGCUGAUAUGAUCCGUCGCCGCAACCUGCGCACUCGCAACAUCAAGAUGCUGGUCCUCGAUGAGGCUGACGAGCUCCUCAAUCGUGGUUUCCGCGAACAGAUCUACGAUGUAUACCGCUACCUGCCUCCCGCGACACAGGUCGUCGUCGUCUCUGCCACUCUCCCCUACGAUGUUUUGGAGAUGACUACAAAGUUCAUGACCGACCCCGUUCGCAUCCUUGUCAAGCGUGACGAGUUGACUUUGGAAGGCCUGAAGCAGUACUUCAUCGCCAUCGAGAAGGAGGAGUGGAAGUUCGACACGCUCUGCGAUCUCUACGACACACUCACCAUCACACAAGCCGUCAUCUUCUGCAACACGCGCCGCAAGGUCGACUGGCUGACUGACAAGAUGCGCGAGGCCAACUUCACUGUCUCGUCUAUGCACGGAGAUAUGCCACAGAGAGAGCGUGACAGCAUUAUGCAGGAUUUCCGCCAGGCGAACUCGCGCGUGCUGAUCUCGACCGAUGUCUGGGCUCGUGGUAUCGAUGUUCAGCAGGUUUCGUUGGUUAUCAACUACGAUCUGCCGAGCAACCGUGAAAACUACAUUCACAGGAUCGGUCGUUCUGGUCGAUUCGGACGCAAGGGUGUGGCGAUCAACUUCGUGACCCAGGACGAUGUUCGUAUCCUCCGUGACAUCGAGUUGUACUACUCAACCCAAAUUGACGAGAUGCCCAUGAACGUUGCGGAUCUUUUGGCCUAA